UUCUCCAAUUCUCUGAGAUCCAAAGUCAAUGUGGUAAUUCUUCUGUCAAUACUACUGACCAAGCUUCAUCAACAUCGGAGGACAUUGCAACAAUGGACCCCGACUCUGUCCGAGCGAAGCUGAAGCAGAUGAAGGAUAAUAUCCCUGCAUACAAAAACCACCCUCACGUCGUGACAAGAACGAAGCUUCAUGUAGUAGACGAGACGCAUGUCUUCGACAAGGAAGCCUACGACAAGGCCCACCAAAGUCUUCGCUCUACAUCUUUCUGUAAGGAUCUUUCAUUUUCCGACGGUGGUGUCCUUCGGACAUCUCUAGAGUUGGAGGUGCCCAAUGAAGAUGGAGAAUAUGAGAGAUGCUGGGCAUAUGGACCGUUCAUGAAUACCGUUCCCGCUGCUGCUGGCCCAAAGGAUAUCAUUCCGAUCCCGGUCAGUAGGGAAAACUGCUCUGUCGCAGCAGAUGGGCUUGUAGAGGUUCUAGAAGUACCGGAGUUGAUGGACAUAACGUGGCGUAUCUCAUUCUCUGGGCGAUCGCCUGGAAAACACCUCUUAAGCACUGUCAUUCCUCAACCAUUUGGCGUCUACAACUACCACAACCGAACUGAUUUUGAAAAGACCAUGCUCCAAGACUUUGCCGAACAGAUCAACGGCCUCCGAGGCGUUAGGUUCGAUGACGAAUCUCAUCCAAGGCGAAGAUCCUUUAUCACUCUGACCCUGGGUGUCGCGAAAGUUUCGCGUUACAUUUUCGAGCUAUUAUAUUGGUUCACUCGGAAUCACACCGUUUCCAUCAGCACCACCGGCGCUUUACUUCGAGCCUCUGCUCUAGCUAUUGAAUCAUGCCUCGAUCUGGGCCAAUUCCUCAGAUCCAGAUCUGAGGUGUCCACCAAGUUCGUGCUUCUCAUGACCGUAAUGUUUUUCUUCAUAUCAGGCUUCCAACUUCCCCUCUAUAUAUUCAAGACAGCUCUUCGUCUUGAGUUUGCUUUAACGAGAAAACGCAUCUUCGGGAUGUUGUUAACUGUUCCCAUGAUACGACGGAUGCCGAAAACUCAUAAGGAGCGUUCAAGUGAGCGCUUGGAUAAGAGAACAAAUUGGAAAAUGAUCCUGUGCACCAUGCUCGCCGUGUACUACAUCGCGAGACCUCUGGAGCAUCAUGUAAUCGACGCACUCCAUCCCCCCAUGCCAGAACAAGAGUUUUCUUACAUCGCUGAAUAUGUUACUCCCGGCAUACGUGCAACUGUCAUCACAGCAAUGAUCCUCCAAAUUAUGCUAAACUAUCGCAGCAAGGUCUUCGCCGGGAAUUACAGGAUUUCGGCAUAUCUUAACCUGUUGGUUGCGCUUCUUGGGUUGAUCGCUUAUGUCCCGGCACUUGUGGGAAGACCCGAAUCGAGAACUGGUCUUUCCUUCGACUACUGUAUUAGGUCAAUUGUUUGUAUGGUCGAGGCAUUCCAGGCAUUUAUUCUGCCCAAUGCGUCACAGAUGGAGGAUGACGAAGAUGACGAGUAGCGAGCUUGUACUAUUCCAUGUUUUUGAUAACGAACCAGACACAUAAUCAUAGCUACAGCUGACUAUAGUCAGUAGAAUAAAGUGAAUAAUAUAACUGUCACGCAAUGACUAGGACGUACUCAUUUCCUCAACAUCGCAUAAAC